CGCGUGUUCGAUACUUUGAAAGUACUUAUAUGAUAUGAUAUUCUUUCCUUGGGUUAUUUUGUAGUUCGAUCUGUAUUAUCAUGCUCUGCUUUACUACCUGAAAGAUUGAACUGACUACUUUCUUUUGUUAUACUUCUCUUCUAUCACAUACUCAUCUAUACUGAUACUACAUCCCUGCUAUCUGCCUACUAUAUACUACACACUCAUCCAAAAUGACCACCCCUCUACAACAACCACAUCACCACCCACACACCUCCUACAACCCCUACCACCCCUACACUAUCCCCAACCACGCCAACACCCACACCCAAACGAAAACCAAGAAACAACGUUCACGUCCAAACCGACGCCAACGCCAACACCAACACCCCACGCCCUCCUCCCCAUCCUCAUCCAAAAGCAGCAACAGUAACCGCUGCUUCACCUGGCUCCUCCUCCCCCGACAAAGCAACACACACAUCGCCAAAAACCGCUCUUCAUUCAGCAGCUACCGGCGAGCACCAUGCAAGAUCGCGAACCAGCGGGUGCUAGGCGUAGGAACAGUGCAGCUCCGCGUGCAACGGGCACCGGACGAUCCGCGCACGAAUACCCUUGUUUUGCAUGACGUGCUGCAUAUGCCGAAUGCCAGGUGUAAUGGGAUCAGUGUGGCGAAGUAUACGGGGGAGAGUGAGGAGGAGACGGCGUCAGAGGGAGGCAGUAGUGCUGGGGAGAGGGCGGUUGUGGAAGAGGUUGAGAAUGGGGGUGUUGUGAAGGUGAAGAGUGAGAGGGAGGAUGGGGAGGGGUUGUGGUUUGCGAGGGGGAGAAAUCUGGAUAAUGAAGGUGGGAAUGGGGAUGGGGAUGAUGGGUUGAGGGUUGUAUUGGCGGGGGAGAGGAGGGAUGAUGCUGGUGCUGCUGGGGAGGGUGCUGCUGGUGGUAAAGGGAUAAUGGGGGUGGUUGCGUCGAAGGAGGAAUUGGAGAUGUUGAGUGAGAGGGUUAGGAAUCGGUCGUGGGUAUAA